AUGGUCCAUUUAGAAGCAAAAGAAACAGUCCCCAUUGAUCUGGAAGAAAAUUGUAAUUUGGAAAAUCAAAACCAAAAAUUGAAGAAGAAGAAUAAGAAGCGAUCUAAUGUCGCAUCCUUAUCGCCUAUUUCACCUUUUUAUGAACAAGCUUUAUCUUCAUUUCCCAUAAAAUUGAAUAAUACAAAGGCUAAGGGACGUCAUGCUGUAGCUGUAAAGGAUCUUGAAGAAGGUACAACAGUAUGCCAAGAACAAGCUGUGGCCUUUGUUGUUCGAUCUGAUUAUCUUGAUCAACAUUGCCAUGUAUGUUUAUCUGACUUGUCUGAAAAGAUGAUGUGCUCUGAAUGCAAAAACGUCUUUUAUUGUUCAAAUGAAUGUUUAGAAAAAGACAAUGAAAUGCAUUUAUUAGUGUGUCAAGUUUUUAAUCAAAUUAAUACUAUUGGUCGUGCAACAGAUGUGGAUCCUGAUUUGCUUCGUUUGAUGGUUUUAUUAAUGGCUCGUAAAUAUCUUGACGAAAAAGAAGAGGAACGGGAUUCAUUAAAGAGGUCUACACCUUAUUGGUGUGUUGAAGAUUUAAUAAGUCAUAAGGAAAGUGCUGAAGCGUCAUUUAUUCAAGUUCUUACUCAAGCCUCUGAAAGAUUGUUAUUUGAGAUGCCAGAAAAAUUACAUUUCUCGGUCGAAGAUAUGGUAACACUUGCUUGCAGAAUAAAUUCCAAUGCUCACGGCUUAGGUGAUAAUUAUUCUCGUAACACAGAUGUAGCAUUAGGUCUUUUCCCCCUUGGAGCGCUUUUCUUUAAUCAUAGUUGUAAUCCAAAUACAACAUUUAUUGGCGUACGUAACGGUCAACUUGCCUUUCGUACCCUUCGUCCAGUUAAAAAGGAUGAAGAAUUAGUCGUGAGUUACAUUGAUUUAUAUUCAGAUCGUGAUGAACGAAGACAGGACUUAUUAACAUCCAAGCAUUUCUGGUGUAAAUGCAAACGCUGUAGUAGUCCUAUGGAGAGAUCUGUGGAUCGUUUUCUUCAAGGCGUUAAUUGUAUGGAAUGUGAAAAAGAUGUCUAUAUGAUUCCUCCUACUCCUAUCGAACAUUUAUCAAAGGGAAGACGUAAUUUAUAUAUGGAUACAACUACCAACUUUCAAUGUUCUUUAUGCAACCAUAAAGUAAAGAAGGAUAUUGUGUGUAAGCCAAUAGAAAAAGCGAAUAAGGAAUAUAUGCUGGCUAUGGCAGCUAUUCGUCAAGAGCGUAAUUAUAGAAAAGGGGGUGAAAAGCUAAGUCAACUUGUUAAAACAGAUUCAAAAAAAGCUGGCAAUCUUCAUAUGUUAAACUCUUAUAAAUUUAAUUCACUCAUUCCAUUAAUGAAUUGUCAAAGAUACAAUGGUGACUUAAAGGGAGCUAUUGAGACAAACAAAACUAUACUAUAUAUGAUGGAACAAUAUAGUGAGCAGGGUUCACUGCCUGCAAAUACUUCUGAAAUAUCUGAUUUCUGGCAGAAUUUAGGUGAAUUGUCAAUGAAAGUAAUGAAUGAAUUAAAAGGUCGUAGUUCCGUUUUAGAAAAGAAAUGGCGCAACGAAGCUAAAGAUGCCUUUUCUAAAGCAUUAGCAGUGCGUAGAGUAGUCUUUGGCAAAGACCAUCCAAAAUCUCAACAUAUAGAAUAUUGCAUUUCAAUGUUAUAG